UCUCUCUUUCUCUCUCUCUCUUUCUCCGUCUGUUUUCCAUUCGCCUGAAAUUCUCUGUCUCUUUCGGUACACGAGCGCGAAAACAUCGGCAACGCGAAGCAGUUCCAACAUCGAUGUAUCGAUACCGAGGACUCGGGGGCGAGGUUUUGAGACAAUAGUUUCUGAGUGAGGUUACAUGGACUCAUUGAAAUGUUGUGGCCCCUCGAACGACGGACCUACGAUUAGCUCAGGGAGGCGACAUCCAUGAGCAAAGAUAUCACAAUGUGCAUGUUGCUGCCACUGAGAUUAGUUUUAGUCACAGCAAGUUUGCUGCUGGCAAAUACGGAAAAUAUCCAUUUCCAUCUACAUCCUGAAGAACAUUUUGCUAUCGGCGAACGUGAACAAGCAAUUGCUGGAAUUGAAGCCAGCCUCUUGUCUUCUUUUGGCUUCACUAAAAGGCCAAAAUCGCAAGGUCCAGCUUAUGUUCCAGAAUCAUUGCGAAAACUUUUUGUUAAACAAAAUGCAAUUGGCAUGGCUGAUAUUGCUAAACCAGGAAUUCAUGCUAGAUCUGCUAAUACAGUACGUUCUUUUUCUCAUGUCGAGAGUGAAUUGGAUCACAAGUUUCAAUCUCCAAAUCGCUUUCGUCUUUCUUUUAACUUAAGUAGCAUACCCUCAGAAGAAAAGUUACAAGCUGCAGAAUUAAGUCUUUCUCGUGUACCUAUUUUAAAUGAAGAUGACUCCGACCCGAAGUUGGGUAGAAUACUUGUAUAUGAUAUUUUACGUCCGGGUGCAAAAGGACAUAGUGCACCACUAUUACGUUUAAUUGAUAGUAAGCUAAUAUGGAUUACUGGGAAAAAUGGCACAGUUAGUCUAGAUGUUCAUCCUGCUGUGGAAAGAUGGGUAAACGAUUCUAAAAAUAAUCACGGACUUUUAGUAGAUGUACAUGGAACUAAAGAAGAGCACGUACGUUUAAAACGAAACACAAAUGAAACAGAUGAUACAUGGAUUGCUAAUCGCCCAAUAUUGUUUACUUAUACAGAUGAUGGCAGAUAUAAGAUGUCUUCCGCAAGUCAAAUAAUGGAUCGCCGUGCCAGAAGAGCAGCAUUUCGGAAAAAUCGUCGAAAAGAUGGACGUGAAAAUUGCAGGCGACAUCCACUUUAUGUUGACUUUGCUGAUGUCGGAUGGAAUGAUUGGAUUGUUGCUCCCCCUGGUUAUGAUGCCUUUUACUGUCACGGUGAUUGCCCAUUCCCAUUAGCAGAUCAUUUAAAUUCUACCAAUCAUGCAAUUGUCCAAAAUUUGGUUUAUUCAACAAAACCAAGUAUGGUGCCUAAAGCUUGUUGUGUACCUACCGCUCUUAGUUCUAUAUCCAUGCUUUAUCUUGACGAAGAAAAUAAAGUAGUACUGAAAAAUUACCAGGACAUGUCGGUCCUUGGAUGUGGAUGCCGUUAAUUAUUUGCUAAUUGAUUCAAUAAACUACUUUUCACUUUUCUGGUGAAGCAUAUAUGUGCAAUAAAAGUGAAAAAAGUGAAAAAAACUUUACAAAGUGAGGGAACAAAAUAUUAAAAUUUCGUUAGAUUAAACGAAUAGUAAAUAUUACUAUUUUUGGAGGGUACAUUGAUUUGUUUAUUAGAUCUUUAUAGAAUUAAGGCACUUGAAAGGUUUUAAAUUGUAUAUAAAAAUUUUAAAUAAUUAUCUAAUUGUCAUAACUUUAAAUAUAAUCCUAGCUGCCUCCUGUUUAUAAAAUAAAAAAAAUUUAAGGAAUUUAUAUAAUGUAAAAUUUUUGAUCUAUCGAUUAUCACAAUUUAUUGUGAUAGAAAAUUUAGAUACAAAGAAUGAAAAAGAUCCGCUAUAAAUACUUCAAGUCCUCUAAAAUUUCAUCUGUACAAGAAGUAUCAACUAACUCUUAUCGAACAUAAUGAUUAUUUUUAUUAAAUAUAUAAUCAGUCAUGAUUAUUUUUAUUAAAUAUAUAAUCAGUC